CCAGGCCAGCCUCCCUCCCGCAGCGACGGGCUCCGCCUGCGGUUCCUCCUAAGCUGCGCGCUUCACGAGGCCUGCAGUCAGCUGUUCGGGCUUCGGCGGCGGGCAGUGCCGUGGCUGGAAAGCCGAGCGGGGCGGCGGAGCCGGGGGAGGGCCGCCAGGAGGAAUUCGGCCGGGGCGGCCGGCCUUGCUCGCCCCGGGACGGACGGGUCAGCCAGCUCAAGGGCUGAGCUUCGACGGCGGGGCGGGGCGAGGCGAGCACCUGUCCGCAGGGGGAACCCGGGCAGCGGGUUGGGGUCUCCCCGCUGCCGCGCGCAAGGGGAAGAAGGUGCCGGAGAGGUCGGGGAAUCUGCGGACUCGACCGCCUCCGCCUUCGCUUCCCUGCGGGACUCCCUGCUUGGAAGGUCCUUCGGCCGGUUCCGCAGCUGCGGAGUCUUAGCCCGGAUCGGCGCCCGGAGGAAAGGCAGCUCCUCCGCCGCUCAACUUGGGCAUCUCUUGUGGCAUGGAGUUGGAGAGCAGCAAUCAACCUGUUGUUAUGAGAGAUGACAACAAACGGCGGAGGAGGAGGAGGAUGAAGCCACACUGUGCAGCAAACAGUUUCUCUUCAACAGAACUCAUCUCUAUUGAGUUUGUUCUCCCCACAGCCAGCAUCAUCAUAGAUAUAGCUAGCAACUGCACAGUAGAGCAGAUGAAAGCCCAAGUUUGGAUGCGAGCAGUGGAAAGCAAUCAGACCUCAGAUUUCUUCCGCAAGAUCACACCAGAUCAAUUUCUUCUCCUGUAUCAGAAGAAGGGGCAGUGGUAUGAAAUUUAUGACAAACACCAGAUCAUACAGACCCUGGAUUGUAUAUUAUAUUGGAGAGUGUUACAGAAAAAAGUGGGCAAAAUCCAUGUGGUUGAAAAGUCCAACCCCACGGAGGAAGUUCAGGAGUUUCAAAAGCAGCUCAAUUAUUUGAUUGGCUAUGACGUCACUGAUGUGAGCAAUGUGCAUGACGACGAACUUGAGUUUGCCCGCCGCAGACUAGUCACUCCACGGACAAAUGAAGUAACUUGCAGGGAUCCAAAACUAUAUUCCAUGCACCCUUGGACUACAUCCAAACCACUUCCAGAAUAUUUGCUUAGUAGAAUUGUCAACAAUAAUAUUUUUAUAAAUAUACACAGAGGAACAACUAGCCAAAAGAUUAAAGUAGCUAUUGAUGACACACCAGAUGUAAUCCUCCACAGCUUCUUCACAAAAAUGGCGAAGAAGAAGUCUUUAAUGAAUAUUCCUGAAGAUUACAGUGAGCUAGACUUUGUCCUUAGAGUGAGUGGCAGAGAUGAGUAUAUUGUAGGAGAAACACCAAUCAAAAACUUCCACUGGAUAAGACAGUGUCUUAAAAAUGGGGAUGAAAUCCACCUUGUCCUGGAUGAACCUCCAGACCCAAACCAGGAUGAAGUUCAGAAAGAGGAGUGGCACUUGGUUGAUGACUGCACUGGAGUUUCAGGAUAUCAUGAGCAGCUCACCAUACAUGGCAAAGAUCACGAAAGGGUAUUUACUAUAUCCUUGUGGGAUUGCAAUCGGAAAUUCAGGGUCAAGAUAAUUGGCAUUGAUAUCCCCGUGUUACCAAGAAACACAGACCUUACAGUCUUUGUUGAGGCUAAUAUUCAAUAUGGCCAGCAGCUCCUCUCACAGAGGAGAACAACAGCUAAACCAUUUACUGAAGAAGUUCUGUGGAACGUUUGGCUUGAGUUUGACAUCAAAAUUAAGGACCUCCCUAAAGGAGCAUUACUCACUCUGCAAAUAUAUUGUGGCAAAACUCCAGCGCCAUCCACAAAAGCUAACCUCCACUCCCAUGAUUCCCCCUGUUCUGAUCCUAAAUACAAAACGCAGCUUCUCUAUUAUGUCAACAUGUUAUUGAUAGACCACCGCUCUCUGCUCAGAACGGGGGACUAUGUGCUCCAUAUGUGGAAAAUUCCAGACAAAGGGGAAGAGCAGGGAAGCAUAAAUGCCGAUAAACUGACCUCAGCCACCAAUCCAGAUAAAGAGAAUUCAAUGGCUAUUUCGAUUAUUUUGGACAAAUACUGUCACCCAAUAGCCUUGCCUAAACACAAGAUAGCACCUGAUCCACAAGGGGACAGGGCCAGAGCUGAAAUGCCAAACCAGCUGCGUAAACAGCUUGAAGAGAUCAUAGCUACUGAUCUGCUUAAUCCGCUCACCUCUGAAGACAAAGAAUUGCUCUGGCAUUUCAGAUAUGAAAGUAUAAGGCACCCCAAGGCAUAUCCUAAGUUGAUUAGCUCAGUGAAAUGGGGACAGCAGGAAAUAGUAGCUGAAACAUACCAACUGCUAGCUAAAAGAAAUGCAUGGGACCGGAGUACUUUGGAUGUUGGCUUGCCAAUGCAACUGCUGGACUGCAACUUUUCGGAUGAGACCGUGAGAGCGAUGGCUGUGCAAAAGGUGGAAGGGUUAGAAGAUGAUGAUGUUCUCCACUAUCUCUUGCAGCUUGUUCAGGCUUUGAAAUUUGAGCCUUACCAUGACAGUGCCUUGGCCCGGUUUCUUCUAAAGCGCGGCUUAAGAAACAAAAGAAUCGGACACUUCUUGUUUUGGUUUCUGAGAAGUGAGAUUGCGCAGUCAAUGCACUAUCAGCAAAGAUUUGCUGUGAUCCUAGAAGCCUAUCUGAGAGGCUGUGGAAAAGCGAUGUUACAGGACUUCCUCAAGCAAGUUCAAGUCACUGAGCUGCUGCACAGAGUGACAAGGGAGAUAAAGUCCAUUUCUGCAGAGAAGUAUGAUAUCACCCCUCAAGUCAUCACACAGCUCAAACAAAAGCUUGAGAAGCUACAGGACAGCAAAUUUCCAGAAUGUUUUAGAGUUCCAUAUGACCCUGGACUGAAAGCAGGAGCACUUGUGAUAGAAAAAUGUAAAGUUAUGGCAUCCAAGAAAAAACCGCUUUGGCUAGAAUUCAAAUGUGCAGAUCCAACAUCUCUGUCCAGUGAAACCAUUGGCAUCAUCUUCAAACACGGCGAUGACCUGAGACAGGAUAUGCUCAUUUUACAGAUACUUCGAAUAAUGGCAUCGAUAUGGGAAGAAGAAUCCCUGGAUUUAUGUUUAUUGCCCUAUGGCUGUAUUUCUACGGGAAAUAAAAUAGGAAUGAUUGAAAUUGUAAAGGAUGCUAAUACAAUUGCCAAAAUCCAGCAAAGCACAGUUGGAAACACUGGGGCAUUUAAAGAUGAAAUACUAAAUCAGUGGCUUAAGGAGAAGUGUGUAAUUGAAGAUAAGUUUCAGGCAGCAGUGGAGCGAUUUGUAUAUUCUUGUGCAGGUUAUUGUGUGGCAACCUUUGUACUUGGGAUAGGAGACAGGCAUAAUGACAACAUUAUGAUCACAGGAUCAGGUAAUCUCUUUCAUAUUGACUUUGGCCAUAUUCUUGGAAAUUACAAAAGCUUCCUUGGAAUUAAUAAGGAAAGAGUUCCUUUUGUGUUAACACCAGAUUUUCUUUUUGUCAUGGGGACAUCUGGAAAGAAAACAAGUCUGCGUUUUCAGAAUUUUCAGGAUAUUUGUGUGCGGGCUUACCUUGCUCUUCGGAAGCACACAGACCUUCUCAUCAUCCUCUUUUCUAUGAUGCUAAUGACGGGGAUGCCCCAGCUGACUAGCAAAGAAGAUAUUGAAUAUAUCCGUGAUGCACUGACGGUUGGAAAACAUGAAGACGAUGCUAAGAAGUAUUUUCUAGACCAGAUAGAAGUUUGUCGGGAUAAAGGCUGGACUGUGCAGUUCAACUGGUUCCUACAUCUUGUGCUUGGAAUUAAACAAGGAGUUGAGAAGCAUUCCGCCUAAGGAUGGCAUUACAGUAUAUAAACCCUUUGCAGGUGGAUUUGUUGGUUGUUACCUGGAAUUGCUUCCAAGAACAUGUUCCCUCUCCAGAACACCCCUUUCUUUAUUAAAAUCUGGAUUUUGUUCAUAGCACUAAGCUAGCAUUGGCAAACAUGUGGCUGAAGUGCUUCCCUUUCCUCCUCCCCAAUCCAGACUCCUGCUUCCCACAGAUGUUUAAUAAACUAAAACUAUAAUUUAUAGGUAGCAUUGAAAAUGCAAAAUCUUUUUUUCGUUUCAGCUUAUUUUAUGGUUUUCUCCUUAGGCCAUUUAAUUCUUUUAGGGCUGUUUGUACACAUUUAUACACCCAAAGUUCUAUUUUUAACUCUUUUUCCUGCUUGCAUAAUGUUAUAGUAGCAAGAUUCUCUAGCCUCUUUAAUUAUUUAAGGGAAGCAAGCUUUGGCCAUGACAUUCCAAGUCAAUAACUCUAAUGUUGUGAUUGGUGUUAUGCACAAACUGCAGUUAGUUAAUCAGGCUCCCUGGAAGCAAGAAUGCUGGAAUUAUACUCUUGAAUGGCCAGUCAUGGACCAUUCCUUUGGUGUAUCAGGGAUAGACAACCACAGUUAUGGUUGGGUGAUAUGAUAAAUUGCUAAUGUGGAAAUUCUUACAGAGUGGUUCAUUGAAUCCUUUUGGAGAUGCAGGAGCCAACCUGCAUCUGGAGAAGAAAAUCCUAAAUUGAAAAGGCCACCACUACCUGAUCCCUCUUAGGUGAUGUAUGUGGGUUUUUUUGUUAUUCAGUCAUUCAGAGGGGCAAUAACCCUCACCAGUGGAGCCUAGAUGGUGCUUCCUGCUCUCCCCCUUGAGGAAAAGGCAAGGAAGGGCCCCCUCCCAUCCUUCGUUCUGUAAGACCAGAGAAGUAUCUUCUGGGAAAGACUUUUUCCCUCCUAAACUUUGCAAAGCUUACUAGAUUUUGAAUUUACAUACUUUUCGUCUUGAACGGUAGUACUUUCCAUUGACUGGUGAAAUUAUCUCAUUAUGCUGAUGGCGUAGUAACUGCGGUGGAAACUUUAAAAGGUUUUACUAUAGUGGUAGUUGGACCCUAGAAGAAAUACCAUCCAAGAGUUCCUUCUUUUACCAGAUGUUUAAAAAGUCAAAGGUUAUUUUUUCCUCAGGAACAUUUUAAAACAUUUUAAUACUAGGCCCAUAAUCCCUUGAGCAAUGAGAGGCACAUCUGGCACUUAGCCUUGUAUAUCAGUGUAUAUUUUUAAUUUUCAACCUUCUUGCUGUAUCAAACAGCCUUUUACAUUCUCCUGAUAUUCAAAGUGCUCUGUCAGGCCAUUUAAAAAUUAAUGUUUGAAAAAUAAACAUACUCAAAGAUCCAUUAGAUCUGCAGACUGUUUACAUGCUCUCUGGAUUGUGGGCCAAAUCAAGGAAACUUACAUAUCCAUGGCAGUAUGGUGCUUUGGCUCUUUUUAUGUUUUAUAUUUUAAAAAUAGAGGUAUUUAUUUUUUAAAAUGGGGCACUUUCCUCUCUUUACCUACAUUCAUCCUGAUAAUCCAGGAUGACUACUGAAUAUGUGAACAUCUUUGCACAGAGAAUCUAUAUAGUUAUAACUAAAUUUCUAAUGUGCACUCUUGAUAGUAUAAAUUUGUCUAACUUGAAUUCUAAUAAUAAUUAUACCCUGUGUGUGCAUGUGUUUCUCCAAAACGUAGUUGAAUUAUAUUUAUUUAUAUGUGUCAUAUAACAUAUCCUCUCAUUAAUGGCUUGGAGGGAGAUGGGUGGUGAUAAAAUUUGACAAAUAAAUAAAAUAAUAUGUCACACAAUAAAUUCAAGCUUUUUAAAAACAAAAAAAGCAAUAACAUUUUUCUGAAAAACCUGCAGGUGUAACCUACUAUUGUUUGGACAAAGGUAAGAAUUGAGAAGAUUGCUGUGUACUGUAAAGGCUUUUUUAAUUUCCCCAUUUCCUUAAUCAGGGAAUCUGUAACUGUUUAGAUAUUCUUCAAGUACAAUUCCCAUCAUCCCUAACCACUGUCCGUUCUGCUAUUGAUAGGAGCUGAAUCCAAAACGGUUGCAUUGUUCUCCUAUAAGCAGUUCUACAUUAGAAAACCUAGUUUACUGAACCUUUUACAUUUUCCAACAAUAGCCUUUUAAAUAUGCAGUUGUUUGUACUGUAUCUGUUUUGCAAGUAAAAAAAAAUAAGUUUUAUAUGUUCUUAAUAAAGAAUAUUCAUAUAGAUAUA